UCAGUUCAGGAAGUAGUUCAUGGAAUUAAACUUACUCAUUUGCCGACUGAAAAUCCACAUGACCAUCUCCUGUUUCGAAUUUUCCCUGCAAGUGCUGUGAUGGCUGGAAGAAGAGUUGUGGUCUUUCCUUCCUCAGCAGAGCUCGGUCCAGUCUUGGCCCAUCUCGUGAUCUCUAGGGCCGAGAAGGCCAUAGCCUCUCAUGGCAGGUUCACCCUGGGUCUCUCAGGAGGAAGCCUCGUGUCCAUGCUCAGCAAAGAGCUGCUGGCUCUGCCCCAGCCAGAUUGCAGCAAGUGGGUGAUUGGCUUCUGUGACGAGCGCCUGGUUUCUUUCGAUGAUCCGGAAAGCACAUUUGGGCUUUACAAGAGUCAGUUGUUUCCCAAGAUCAACAUCCCUGAGAGUGGAAUCUUAACCAUAGACUCCUCUCUGCCAGUGGCAGAGUGUGCAGAGGAUUACGCCUGUAAACUGAAACAGGUGUUCCCAGGUGAAGAGUUUCCUGUGUUUGACCUGUUGCUGCUGGGAAUGGGACCAGACGGACACACAUGUUCUCUUUUCCCAGGUCAUCCCCUUCUGGAGGAAACAAAGAAAAUUGUGGCUCCUAUCAGUGAUUCUCCCAAACCGCCUCCACAGCGCGUCACUAUGACUUUCCCAGUGGUGAACGCUGCACGCUGUGUGACCUUUGUCUCAACAGGUGGAAGCAAAGCCACUGUUUUGAAGGAGGUUCUGGAGGGUGGAAAAGCUUCGCCGUAUCCAGCCGCUCGUGUUGUACCAACCAGCGGUGAACUGUUUUGGCUCAUUGAUGACCCUGCAGCUGCUGCCUUGACUAUCCAGGUUGAAAGGCCAGGUGCAGGAGCCAAACUUUAAAACUCUCAGCCUGAUGAUGAAUCAGCACAUCAACAGGAAAUACAAAAGGGUACAUUCCUGCAUUAGUCAAAUUGUGCUUAAGAAUACAUUUGAAUAACAUACUGUAACACUUUCUGGGUGAUUACAUUCGUGUUUUGCUGCUGUAUGAAUGUAAUGUGCAUUGGGACAUUUGUUGGAUGUCUAAAUUUUACUGAAGAACAAAGUAAUCACUGUACAUCUACAUUACUAUUAUUCUUUUAAUGCAUUACCUUUUUAAUGUUAAGGCUUGUAAGUUAUCAACAUACCCCAGUGUGAUUAAAGUCUCAGUGUACCUGUA